ACAGCAAACAGGCGUGGUUUCAAAGUCCCACCUGUCUGGGUUCAUAAGCUCCAUAUGGGUGUCUCUGUGGCUGUUAUCCAACUGUGCUGUUCGACUAUUGUUUCAGUGGACACGACUGACACCGGCGGACGGGACUUCCAAAACGACAAUUUUCACGGAUGAGUGUAGUGGCUUUGCAGUAGGCAUCAUAACGGGAUAUGUAUCUAUUUUGUUGUGGAUUGCACACUAUAUUUUGAAUUGGUGAGAAUAAUCGGAUGGGGCAACUUUGUUUUUGAAUUACUUUUCUCUGCAACUGUGUGCCUAUAGAUAUAUAGAAGUCGCUUUCAACCUCGGAUCACAGACCAUCCUAAAACAUUCAUAGACGCAUACGGAUAAGAAGGCUUUUCGAAAGUUUAAAACCAUCAAGGCUAUGACCUUUUAUUUUCUUUGAACGUGAAGUCAGCGCGAGUCCUCAAGCCACUGAACCCUAUAAUUUGCUCUCUCGGUUGUUCCUAUUGCACAUUUUGAAAAACGUAGCAUAUAUAUAUAAUUUUUUUUUUCGUUUAUAGGCCUAGUCUUACUGUAAUUCUACAAUGGACGGGGAACACGUCUUACGCGAUUUUAAAGAUAUUGAGACAAAGUUGGGUCGCAAAGUUCCUGAAAGUCUCAUUCGUUCCCUUGCAGGAGGAAAUAAUCAUCAUGACAAACAUGAGGAUACAAAAUUGGCGACACCGAAAAACCAGUCGAACUCUGCUGAUUUGAAACGACUGGAGAGCAAGAUGUUAUUUUUGAGACAGGAAAUGGCCCACCUCCGUGCCAUCGAUGUCAAGCUGAUGCAGCAGCUAAUGUCCAUCAACGACGGCAUCGAAUCCAUCAAAUGGGUGAUGGAGGACAAGGAGGGCCUAGCCAGUCGUGAAAGCAGCCUGACAGGCAGCCUGUACAGCCUAUUGGACAGCCAAGAUGACACCUCUUCACGCGGCAGCUUCACCAGUCUGCACGACGGACACAGCGAUGGAUUGGAUGGGAUAUCCGUGGGCAGUUAUCUGGAUACGUUGGAUGAGUUAGCCGAAGACCUUUCGGAACACACUUCUCUGACGGACCUUGAUCUAUUCUCUGAUAAACCUGUUAUAGAGGACGAGACUUUCAGCAAGCCAACAAUGCGACUCAGAGUGGACUCCGAUGAGUACUACUGCUUUGGAUAGCUCUGCGUGGCUAUGAGGCUAAUACAAACGCAGACAAAGACCAGAGGGUUAUUUUUGCCUAGCGUUGUCAAGAUUUCAAAUUCAUAUCAAAUCAAAUACAGUUGGCAUGGUAACUUUGAUAACAUUUUUAAAUUAUGAACUAGGACUUCAACUGGUUGAAAUUUGAGUAGUUUAGAAAUGUUUCAUAAGGUGGCUUGUUCAUUGAGUUACUGUGUGAAAUAUAGAACAUGGAUUUGUUCCCUUGAUGACCUACAUUCUUUUCCUGCUGCUAAGUGUUCUACAGUGAUGUCACAGUGACAUUUAAGUGGUUUUACAAAGGGCAACUAUUCACAGUUGUGCUAUUUUGUAUCUUAAAACCAAAUUCCUUUUUGUCUAAUGCAUGUACACCUCACUAAACCUUAGCUACUUGUCCCUUCACAAAAACAAGUAAGGAUGAGCUUUAAACAUAAUUAGGGAUUGAAUUGUCAUACUGAUAGGAGGUUAAAGGUGCAAUUUGUAAGUUAUCUGUCCCAACAAGAAGAACUGCAACCACAAUCAACCUAAAACAAAUACAAAAUAAUGCUAAGUAGUGCACCCUCUUCCUCCUCAUUCUUGGUGGUUGCUUGCAGUGCUCUCCAGGAGCGUUGGAGUCCACUUUUUUUUAACAGAAAAUUGAACUUACGAAUUGCACCUUCUUAAUAAUAAUUUAGCUAUUUGUUUUAUUUUUAUUGACACAGCUCACUUGGCAAAAGUUAGAUUAAUUUUUCACAAUUUUCUUUCAGUGCACACUGACUGUACUCUGAAGAAUCUGAUACCUCAGUGUCUUGUUUCCCUUUUCACUUAGAUACCAUGUCUUUGGUUAGCCAUUCAUCCAUCAGAACUAAGGUAAUGUAGUAUAUAAGGAAUUAGUGGUAAUUUGGAGCAUUAGCGGUUCCAUGCUAAGACAUCGUCUGGAGUGGUUUAGUGGGGCAAAAAUACUACAUUUCCUUCAGGCUAUAGCAUCCAAGUGCAAUUUGAAAUAAAAAAUAGAUUUUGACAGCUAUGUGCUUACAUGCUAAACAUUGGACAGGUACUUUGCUCUUUCUUAAUUUUUUUAUUUAGACUGCAGUCAACAUUGCCAUGCCCAGGUCAACAAUUUAUUUUUGUUUUGUUUUACCACAAGAGAUUAAUUGCAAAGAAGUUCCAAAGCGGAAAUCUUGAAGUUCACAACACUUAAUUAAUUGAAUUACUAGAUGGUAUUUUUUUGGUUACGUUUAAUAACUUAAUUUUUGAGCUAGUCAACACUUUAAUGACUGGUAACUGACAAAGUUAAGUACAAAAGUAAGGCCAUUCAUUUCUGUACAAAGAUGAUUUUGCUUUAAAUUCCACUUUCUGUGUCUUCACAUGACCUGUGUGUGUUGUGCCCUUCAUGUUGCCUACUUUUUUAACAUUGUAACUUAUUGUUUUUAUUGGUGUUGAAAAGUCUGUUGGGGAAAAUAAUAUAUUGUGAUUUUCUUCAU